AUGACCACACCUGCGAACUGCCAACUGGCCCUGAAAGAGUGGGCGAUCACCGUGAAGGCCCUGGCCGACGGCGACCAGAUCAUGAUGCUGCGCAAAGGUGGCAUCCACGAGGAGAGUAAGGACUUCCGCGUGGUGCAUCCCGAAUUCCUGCUGUACCCAACCUACCUGCAUCAGAAAGAAGACCUGCUGAAGGACAGCCACCAACCCGCGCUGCGGCAAUUGCUGGCCGAUGACCCCGACGACAAGGAUGCCGUGACGUUCACGCACUGGGCCCGCGUCCACGAGCUGGUCGAGAUCGAGCAGCUGGGCAAGGUGGAAGACCUGGCUCCGCACCACAUCUGGACCGAUACCUACGCGCAGUCGCGCCUCCACUGGAAGCCCAUGGUUCCGCUGACCAUCAUGCUGCUGCGGGUGUACGAGAUGGAAGCGCCCACCACGGUGGCCUACAUCCCGGAGUACGGAGGCUGCAAGUCCUGGGUCGACAUCAUCCCCACGGUCCGCCUCGGCAACGCCAAACCGGUGCUGGACGACGCCCGCUUCAACGAGAUGGUGGAAGCCGUGCGCGGCAGCCUGGGCCUGGUGCCGGCGUAG